AUGCAGGCGGAUUGCUGUCACCCCUCAGCGCCGAUGUUCAACGACGGCGUCGACUUGGUUGCCACCAUUCAGAAUCAUUCCAAAUCCGGACGGAUUGCCUUUGUUGAUGCAGAGCAUUAUGACAACACCAUUGAUUCGGGACAACUGUAUGACGCAGCGCAAGCCAUUGCCAACUACCUUUCCUGCCUCUUCAUCAAGAAUGUCUCCGCUUUCGUCUUGUCGGAAAAUCGAUGGGAGGUUAUCGCCUUCUACCUAGGGGUUCGACUAUUCGGAGGAUCUGUAAAAAUUUUAGACUACACUGCGUCAGAAGAGCAACUUCACCAAGAAUUUCGCGGCUGUGAAAUUGUGCUAUGUGCAGGAAAAGAUCUGCGGAAACUUUUCCGUUGCACCUUGGAAAAGAAUGUGAAAAUCAUUGCCAUGCCUCCGUGCAAGAUACCUUUUAAUGGGAUCUCAAUGGACGAAGUUCUUCGUAUACGCAUCAACCGCGGGCUGUCUCUGCAUAAUGUCCGGUAUUCAGAGAGAACUUCGAGGUAA